AUCAGAAUUAACAUUCAGUUUUGCAUAUAGAACUUGCCCUUUUGAAGACUGCUACAGAAGAUGGCAUUGGCAGGCACUCUCCUUCAUCUGCUUGUGAUCUUCUUGGGGUUUUCUCAACUUAUUAUCUGCUUGAAUGCCGUCCCAGUUACAAGAAUUGGAAGUCUUCAGGUUCAUCAAAUUGCAGGAAAUAACGAACUGGUAACCGCAGAGAAUAAUUUUUAUGAGCAAACUAUUACUGAAAGAAUGGAUGUGGAGCUUCAUGACUACCCGGGAUCUGGAGCCAACAACCGCCACACUCCAAAGCCGCAAUUUGGAAGAUGUGUGGAUUGCUAGUUUUCUCCUGCUACUAUUGGUUUUAGCAUUUACAAUGUAAUGUUAUAUAUGGACUAUUGUAAACAAGAAUUUUGUUCUUAGAUCAUUCAUCAUUUGAGUUUAU